CUCCUCCUUCAGCAAGCUACGCCUCCGGACACGAUCAUGUAAUAGUUUAGAAAAGCCUGACUACGGCCGAACAAAAGCACCAAUUCUUGCGGAUUUUCGGUGGGUCUUUUAAAGCAACAUGCGCCGAGGAAGGGUCUCUAUGUUGGAAGCUGCACUGCUUCUGGUGGGAUGCUGUCACCUCUUUGUACGGGCUGAUCAUAACACUUCAUCUCCUCCAGAGGUCGCUCAGAACAAUGGCACCCUGUAUGCAGCCUGUAAAAUGAGACCCAGCUCGUCUCUAGCAGAGGGCCUUCCCAAAGUGUACGGUCGGGUUUCGUUUAAGCAGGAUUUCCCCGAGGGGAAACUCCAAAUCCGCUUCACGUUGAAUGGCUUCCCGAGUGAUGACCAAACCCAGCACAGGGCCAUUCACAUCCACCAGUACGGACACCUGCAUCAAGGUUGCGGCUCCACCGGAGGACACUACAACCCACAUGGAGUCGACCACCCGCUCCACCCCGGUGACUUCGGAAACUUCCUGCCAAAACAAGGGAAGAUCCAGAUGAUGAUCACUUCGAAUGCCACGCUGUUUGGAGGGUGGUCCAUUCUCGGAAGAGCAGUGGUGGUCCACGCUGGAAAGGACGACUUGGGACAAGGUUCGGAUGCAGGGAGCCUUCUGCACGGGAACGCCGGCCCCCGACUGAGCUGCUGCGUGAUUGGAAUUGCUCCCCCUGGAAUCUGGAAUCAAUAGUUUCCACCAGAUCCCACCAAUGCGUGAAGUUGAAGCACCUUUAAAUCACUGAACUUCCAUUUCAAUAAAUAUACUAAUAAAAAUGGUGUCAUUUAGUUUGGGCGCAAACAGUACACGACACAUGUCAAGUAUUUUAUGAAGAACUAUUUCACAAGAAUCACAUGUCUCUGAAUUAUAAGAGAACAGCAAGAUGAAACAAACAGCACAAUAAUAACAGAAUCUUAACACAAACUUCCACACUAGAUCUAGCUUUGAGGCCUCACUUUG